CGAGACAAAGUUUGACAGCAAACAAUUUGGUUGUGUCCGUUCAAAUGUUCUUUCUUCUUCAAUGGUUAUUAUAUCUUCGAUAUCUUGCACGCGACUCGAUUUUCAAAGGAAUGAUUCAUGCGACUGUCCAUAUUCAUCACAUAUUGUGAAAUCUUUCCAUAAACUCAGUAUAGUUUGAAACCUCCCACAGAAGGGAUGGUAAUUAUUUCACACAGCACAUCGCUAAACAUGGAUAUAUUCAAUAACAUUUCACAUUGUCCGCCGAAACCACCGAAUAUUAUGGUGCAUGACUAUUGGUCGAAUGGUUUGGUCAAUAUUUGGAUUUCCUCUUUGUUGGCCGCAUUUAUUGUGACAUUUGGAUCGAUUCAAUUUAUUGGCUACUACAAAUACGGAACACCGAUCGUAGAUUCAACGAAAAUACCUUCAUCAAAACUGUAUUAUUUGCAAAUGUGUUUGCUAACAUUGAUACCAUCACUAUCAGCAAUGAAUCUAUUCCCAGAUCCACACUCUUAUGGUUAUACGAUUUUCACUACAACAUUGAUGUGCCUUUCAUUCCUUAUCUCGAUUUUACUCGUUCUGAAAGACCGAUUUUAUUCAAUGCCAUCUAAUACCAAGCGAGGCCAUGGCGUUGUUUUGCUUACAUUUUGGUUGUUGAUGGUUAUCAAUGAAACUGUGUCAAUUUUUACAUCGAAAAAGGGACAAUGGCCAGCGCUAAUGCCUCGCUACGUGUGCAGUUUGCUAGUUUUAGCUUUGGGCUUCUUAGCACCUGGCAUCGCAUCAAAUCAUAGUAAUGACGACGCCUAUUUCAAGGAUGAUGAAUCUAAAAAAACAGAACUCGUUUGGGCCGAUGCAUGGAAGAAUAUGCGAAUGCUGUUGCCGUUUGUGUGGCCGAAAAGAGAUCUAGAUAUUCAAUUAAGGAUUUUAAUCUGUGUUCUCAUACUUAUUGUUGAACGUUUCAUCACUCUACUAGUUCCAAUCUUUAAUCAGAGAAUCGUUGACAGCCUUGGAGAAAAAGUAUUUUGUUGGGAUUUGAUUUUGGUUUAUGUUGGAUUCAAAUUUCUAAACGGUGGAUUUCUCGAGAAUAUUCGUUACUAUUUAUGGUUGUACGUAGAACAAUUUAUGAAUCGUGAAAUUGAAGUGGAACUAUUCUCAAGAUUGCACCAUUUGUCGUUGAGAUGGCAUUUGUCGCGAAAAACAGGCGAAGUGAUAAAAGUUUUGGAUAGAAGUGCCCAAAGCGCGACCGGCUUGAUAACCUACGUUCUUUUCCGAAUUGCUCCAGUUUUUACCGACAUUUUCGCAUCCAUUGUUUUCUUAUCGAUCACUUUCAAUUGGUAUUUCGGUCUUAUCGCCGUGGUUACUAUGGCAAUUUAUAUGUGGUUAACGAUUUUGGUGACGGAAUGGGGAAAGAAGUAUCAAAGACAAAAGAAUUCUUCAAUCCACGAACAAAAAACGCGCAGUGUUGAUUCUCUAUUGAACUUUGAAACCGUCAAGUAUUAUGGAGCCGAAAAGCAUGAAGUGAACGUAUUUCGUGAGGCGAUUUCAAAGUAUCAGAAUGAAGCACGCAACGAAGAUAUGGUUUACAAUGCACUGGAUAGUAUUCAAAAUCUGAUAAUUUAUAGCAGCUUGCUCAUCGGAUCACUUCUCUGUGGAUAUUUGGUUGCCCAAGCUGGCACACUCACUCCCGGGCAAUACGUGUUGUUCGCAUCGUACAUCAUUCAAUUGUAUGAACCCUUAAACUGGCUUAGCUCAAUAUACACUCACAUACGAAAGAGCUUAGAAGAUAUGGAAAAAAUGUUCGAUUUAUUGAAAGAAGAACAAGAAGUAGUCGAUGAACCAGCCGCAGUCGAACUACCCUCGGUUGAAGGAAAAGUCGAAUUUACAAACGUUACAUUUGGCUACACUCCAGAUCGGAUAAUUUUGAAGAAUGUUUCAUUCACGGUUUUGCCAGGGAAAACCAUCGCUCUUGUUGGUCCAUCCGGCUCGGGAAAGAGUACAAUCAUUCGUCUUUUGUUCCGUUUCUAUGACAUUCACGGAGGAACCAUUUGUAUUGAUGGACACAAUAUAAAAGAUGUGCGGCAAGACUCAUUGCGAAAGGCGAUCGGUGUCGUUCCACAGGACACCGUUUUGUUCAACAAUACUAUCAAACAUAACAUAAAAUACGGACGAUUGAACGCGUCUGACGAUGAUGUGAUUUCGGCUGCUAAAGCCGCCGAUGUUCAUGAUAAGAUUAUGAAUUUGACCGAUAAAUACGAAACAGACGUCGGAGAAAGAGGUCUGCGAUUGAGCGGAGGCGAAAAACAAAGAGUCGCAAUAGCUCGGACAAUUCUGAAAGCACCAUCGAUUGUGUUGUUGGACGAAGCAACAAGUGCAUUAGACACACAGACUGAACGAAACAUUCAAGCUGCUUUGGCUAAGGUGUGUGCGAAUCGAACGACGAUAAUAGUGGCUCAUCGACUAUCCACAAUCAUACAUGCAGACGAGAUCCUUGUUUUGAAAGAAGGCGAAAUCGUCGAACGUGGCCGACACGAUUUAUUAUUGAACAGAAAGGGCAUUUACGCAGACAUGUGGAAUAAGCAGCUUCAAAAUGACGAUACAGAUAUAACUAGCAAUGUUAAUUCACAAACCGCACAAAAUCGUUGAAAAUCAAGUGAAAAUUUAGGAACAAAUGAAAUGCAUUAGGCUUAGUAAUUUAUGAAUUUAUUAAUUUAUUUUUACUAUUAAGUUAAUUUUUUAUCAAUAUUUUGUUAUGGACCGAUGAUGAAUCGAAGAAAUGUGUUUUUAGAACAGAAAUCUACUUUUCCUACGAAAAAUCAAUAAAAAUGCAUUGAUUCAAGCGAAA